UGCGUGUCCCCUCCCCGGCCGCUGCUCCUGGGACGAGGCUUUCGGCUGCACCGAGCGGGACUGGACUUUUUAUGGACACGGUCACCCAUCUGAGGGCGAUUCGGGCAUAAACAGCGACACAAACUCUGAUUUGGUGCUGGAAGCUGCCUCUGCCGCUGAACAGCUGCUCGCCCCCUGCUUCUGCCCUGUUUCCAAAAGGGGAUCCUGAGCUCUUUUGUCUUUUUUUUUUUUAUUAUUAUUAAUUGUUGUUGCAUGAAUUUUGUUUUCGGUGGUUGUCUUUUCCGGCUGGCUUGGCUGUUUUGGGGUAUUGUGUACUACUGACUGCUGUAACAGCACCGCCACCUCUCGCCAUGGCCAGCCCCACAGAUAAUAACGAGGGCUUCUUCUCAGAUGUCAGAAAGGUGGGUUACUUGCGCAAACCCAAGAGCAUGCAUAAACGCUUUUUCGUGCUGAGGGCAGCCAGCGAGUCUGGACCCGCCCGGCUGGAGUAUUACGAGAAUGAGAAGAAAUGGAGACACAAGUCAGGGGCCCCCAAGCGCUCCAUCCCACUGGAAAGCUGCUUCAACAUCAACAAACGGGCUGACUCCAAGAACAAGCACCUGGUGGCCCUCUACACCAAGGACGAGCACUUUGCCAUUGCAGCUGACAGCGAGCCUGAGCAGGAGAGCUGGUACCAAGCGCUGCUGCAGUUGCACAACCGGGCCAAGGGCCACCACCACCUCCACCACCAUCACCACCACCACCACAGCGAUGUCACCUUUGGAGGCAGCAGCGUGGGGCUGGGGGAAGCGGGAGAGGACAGCUACGGCGAGGUAGCCCCUGGCCCAGCUUUUAAGGAGGUUUGGCAAGUAAUCCUGAAGCCUAAGGGGCUAGGCCAGACAAAGAACCUGAUUGGCAUCUACCGCCUGUGCCUGACUAACAAGACCAUCAGCUUUGUGAAGCUGAACUCUGAUGCGGCUGCUGUGGUGCUGCAGCUGCUCAAUAUCCGCCGCUGUGGUCACUCCGAGAACUUCUUCUUCAUUGAGGUGGGGCGCUCAGCUGUGACCGGGCCCGGUGAGUUCUGGAUGCAAGUGGAUGACUCGGUGGUGGCGCAGAACAUGCACGAAACCAUCCUGGAGGCCAUGCGAGCCAUGAGUGAGGAAUUCCGGCCCCGCAGCAAGAGCCAGUCCUCCUCCAACUGUUCCAACCCCAUUUCAGUGCCCCUCCGUAGUAGGCACCACAUCAACAACCCUCCGCCCAGCCAAGUGGGGCUCAGUCGCCGCUCCAGGACUGAGAGUGUCACAGCCACCUCUCCUGCCGGCGGAGGGGGUGGAGGCACGGGUGGCAAACCCAGCUCUUUCCGGGUUCGCGCAUCAAGCGAUGGGGAAGGCACGAUGUCAAGGCCUGCCUCAGUGGAUGGUAGCCCAGUUAGUCCCAGUGCCAACCGGACACACUCACAUAGACAUCGUGGUAACUCCAGGCUCCAUCCUCCGCUCAACCACAGCCGUUCCAUCCCGAUGCCUUCCUCGCGCUGCUCUCCUUCAGCCACCAGCCCAGUCAGCCUGUCAUCCAGUAGCACCAGUGGCCAUGGCUCCACAUCGGACUGCCUGUUUCCACGAAGGUCUAGUGCUUCUGUUUCUGGCUCCCCUAGCGAUGGCGGAUUUAUUUCUUCUGAUGAGUAUGGUUCUAGCCCGUGUGACUUUCGCAGCUCUUUUCGCAGUGUCACCCCAGAUUCGUUGGGGCACACCCCACCAGCUAGGGGUGAUGAAGAGCUCAACUACAUCUGCAUGGGGGGGAAGGCCACCUCAUCUUGCUGCAGCCUGGCAGCUCCCAAUGGCCACUUCAUCCCACGCACCUGCCACCCGCAGCAGCAGCCCCGCUACCCUAGUACGCCGUGCUGUCCCCGAGGUGGCAGCGAGGAUGUUGCCGACUUGGAGAAGGCCUUCAGAAAGCGGACUCACUCUGCAGGUACUUCACCCACCAUCUCCCACCAGAAGACCCCCUCACAGUCUUCAGUAGCCUCCAUUGAGGAGUACACAGAGAUGUUGCCUUCUUACCCCUGUGGCGGUGGCCGGCUGCCCUCCUACCGGCACUCUGCCUUUGUGCCCACUCACUCCUACCCAGAGGAGUGUCUGGAGAUGCACCACUUGGAUGGUGGCCACCAUCGGACCAACUCUGCCCCUCACACAGAUGAUGGCUACAUGCCCAUGUCACCUGGCGUGGCCCCUGUCCCCAGCGGCGGGGCGCCCCCCAAGGGCGGUGACUACAUGCCCAUGAGUCCUAAGAGUGUGUCGGCCCCACAGCAGAUCAUCAACCCCGGCAGGGGGGGCCGCCACCCUCCAGCCACGGUGGACUCCAACGGCUACAUGAUGAUGUCCCCUAGUGGCAGCUACUCCCCGGACAGUGGCUCCGCAGGCUACGGCAAGAUCUGGACGAAUGGUGCCGGCCACCACCCGAAGCUCUCGGUGGAGAGCAAUGAGGGGAAGCUCCCUUGUGGCGGCAGCGACUACAUCAACAUGUCCCCGGCCAGCGGCUCCACCACCAGCACGCCACCCGACUGCUACUUUGGGGGUGCGGGGCAGCCAGGCGUCGAGGAGGCUGCUGCUGUGGCCCACCACAGGCCCAUCUACUCCUACUUCUCACUGCCACGCUCCUUCAAGCACGUGCACCGGCGCGGUGGUGGGACAGCGGGUGAGGAGGGCAGCCCCCAGCCCCGCGUUGCCCUUGGUUCCAACCGCCUCCUCUAUGCUGCCGAGGACUCGUCCUCCUCUGCCAGCAGCGACAGCCUGGGUGGUGGUGGUGGUGGCCCUGACGGUGUCCCCCCGUCCCACCCACAGCCGCCACGCAAGGUGGACACGGCUGUGCAGACCAAGGGCCGCCUGGCGCGACCCACACGCCUGUCGCUCGGCGGCCCCAAGGCCAGCACCCUGCCGCGGGCCCGGGAGCAGCCCCCACUGCUGCUGCCCCCGGAGCCCAAGAGCCCGGGCGAGUACGUCAACAUCGAGUUCAUCGCCAGCGACAAGCCACCCUUCCCUGUAGCCGCCCUGGGCCUGCCACGGCUGCCAGGGAGCGAGGCUGCUGAGGAGUACAUGAACAUGGAGCUGGGCCCGCGGGCAGCCCCUGCGGCUCCCUCCGGCCGGGACUACGUGACCAUGCGGCUGGGGGGCUCCUGCUCCGACAGCCCCUCGCCCUCCUCGCCAGCCCUCCUGCUGGGUUACGCCGAUAAACCCCCAGCGGUGGCUUCCCCGGAGUUGGCGGCGGCGGCGCCUCCGCGCUCCUCGUCCUCCUCCCUGCUCGGGGGGCCUGGUGCGGGCAGCGCCUUCACCCGCGUGAGCCUCAGCCCCGGCCGCACGCCCAGUGCCAAAGUGAUCCGUGCCAACCCGCAGGGCGGCCGCCGGCGGCACAGCUCAGAGACCUUCUCGUCCACGCCAACGGCUGCCCGUGGAGCACCAGGGGGCUGCCCCGGGGCACCGUUCCCCUGUGGGGGCGUGGGGGGAGCCGAGGAGGUGAAGCGCCACAGCUCAGCCUCCUUUGACAACGUGUGGCUGCGGCCCGCCGCCGGGGAGGCGGCCGGAGCCCCCGCUGCCCGCAGGGAGCCUGGGGCUGCCCCCGCAUUGGAGAACGGGCUCAAUUAUAUUGACCUGGACCUGGUGAAGGAUUUUGGGCACCACCGCCACCACCACCACCAUCAUCACCUGCACCCCGCCGCCGAGGGCGCCUCCCUGUCGGGGGGGAAGCCCCCGCCACCGCCGCAGCCCAAGUCCCCGAGCCAGCCUCGUGGGAGCGGCCACCCCAGCGAUGACUCGAGCGCGUACGCCAGCAUCAGCUUCCAGAAGCGGGAGGAGAUGUAGGAGCCAGGCGCCAGCCAGGGAAGAUUGAUGACCUAUACAACCUCAGCAAAUCCUUCUUUUAACUCAUGGGUAUCAAGACUCUAAAUGUUUCAUGUUAUCACAACUAGGACCUCACCUCCUCCUCCUCCUCCUCUUCCUCUGUAAAUGGGUACGAUGCAUCCAGUUCAGUUUGUUUACUUUACACAAACCUCAGGAGUUAGUUGACUGAGCUGCACAUCCUGUGUUGUGCCAAGCAGAAGCACUGUGACACCUGGACAAUGAGUCUCUCUUACUUCAUCCUCUACCAUAAGGACUUAGCUGGCCACAAUGAACUGAUGUGCCCACCACUAUGUCAUGGUGAGAAUGGGUAUUUUACUAGCACAUUUACACAACUUCAUUUGCUGCUGAAAACCUGUAUGACAAAUCAUCAUUGUAAAUUAUUACAUACAAAACUUAAUGUUGGUUGAAGAGUAUUAAAUAUUUAACAUAGGUUUUGAUUUAUACAUGUACUUUUUUAAUUAAAAUGUAACUUUUCCUACAGCACAUCUUUUUUGAUGUGGAACUGAGGUAUACUAUAUUCUGUUGUAAACAGAGUGGGAAACCUGCUUAAAACAAGGCUUCUAAGAAUAGAGUUAGGGUACUAUUCUUGUUUUAAGAUUGUAAUUCAGAAAAUAAUAUAAUACGAGUCAUUGGUCCCUGGGCCUUGAUUGUACAGUCAUAUUUACUGAUACUAUCAGUUGUAAGAUAACCCUGAUGUUGAGUUGAGUUCUUUCCAAAAGAAAAGUAAUUUUGUACUCCUUGUAAAAUAAUAGUCUGUAUUAACUACAAUGAAGACAAAAUUUACUGUACAUGGUAUUUACAAGUGUCAACUUGAGUUCAUCAAUUGCACAGGAACUGACAAAAAAAAUCAGAAGAAAAAAAAGAAAUCAAAGUCUUCCAUUGUAUAUAUUGUAAAGAAAAGAAGAAAAACAACCAACAGAAAACCACAAAACAAAAUGAACACAAAAAAAGGGUGAACUUUUCAAAUUAACUCUUUCCCUGGAAUGAAAAUGUGGGUGUUUGUAAAUUCUGGAAAUCUCUUUCUAUAUGUAAUAAACUAGAUACUGUUUUAUCUGC